AUGAAAAUAUUAUUAAUAGGUAAUCGAAAAAUCGAAAAAAAAAAUCGAAAAAAAUCGAAAAAUCGAAAAAAAUCGAAAAAUCGAAAAAUCGAAAAAAUCGAAAAAUCCAAAAAUCGAAAAAAAAAAAAUGAAAAAUUGAAAAAAAAAUCAAAAAAUCGAAAAGAUGAAACUGCAUUGUUCUUGGGCUGCUGUUCCAGACACUCCACUUAUUGGCAAGACAGAUAUACAGGAAACCGUUGGUUAGUUUCUUUGUGGACCGCUACCCCACAUCAACAACCAGCUUUGGAUUACACAGAACUACAAAAAGUUGAAGUUCAUCAUCCAAGAGUUGUUUAUUAUCCACCUACAGAGCUUGAACAACCACCUUCACCAAAGCAACCUCCUCAAUAUUUGGAGCUCCAAAAGCGAGAAAGUGAAAUAUAA